GAAUGCGGCGUGUAGAGUCGACAGGACUCUACUGUAUUAGUUAGUCAUCACUGGGGAGAUUUAGCUAGCUACACAUACGGGGAUUGCUAAACCUGAAUCAUGCACAUCGUCAUUACAUCUAACUGGGAGUGGAGCAGAAAUUGUGCAAGAUAUGGAUAGGAGUUAUCUUUGGUUCUAGAGAUUGCGCGGUUGUUGCUCCGAGUCAAGUUUCCAGCAAGUCCCAUAUUCCAUAAUGCUUCACGAGGACUCGACUCAUUGGAACCAUGUGCACAUUUCCUCACGUGUGUUUGAUGUUGAAGCGGUGAGGCUGGGAUAAAACGGGAAAAUUAGCAAACAACAAGCAUCGGUGCAGAUAUAUAUUUUUUUUGGUGGGGGGGGAUCGUAGACUUUCUGUAAUUUCUGAAGUCGAGGAGGAAGGUGUGGACGGUAGUUGUGAUCCAGCUCAAAUAAAUCAGAAACAUGGGGAACGCAGGGAGUAUGGACCAACAAACUGAUUUCAGGGGACACAACAUGCCUUUGAAACUGCCCAUGCCGGAGCCAGGUGAAUUGGAGGAGAGAUUCGCAAUCGUUUUGAAUUCGAUGAACCUUCCUCCAGACAAAGCGCGACUACUGCGGCAGUACGACAACGAGAAGAAGUGGGAGCUCAUCUGUGAUCAGGAACGAUUCCAAGUGAAGAACCCACCUCACACAUACAUCCAGAAGCUGAGGGGUUAUCUGGACCCAGCGGUCACCAGGAAGAAAUUCCGACGGAGAGUGCAGGAGUCCACCCAAGUCCUGAGAGAACUGGAAAUUUCGUUAAGGACAAAUCACAUAGGGUGGGUGAGAGAAUUCCUCAACGACGAAAACAAAGGCCUGGAUGUGUUGGUGGAGUAUCUUUCUUUUGCGCAGUACGCUGUCACGUUUGAUGGCGACAGCGCAGAGAACAACCCGGAGAAGUCGGUGGAUAAGCCCUGGAGCAGAUCCAUAGAGGACCUGCACGGGGGGAGUAACUUCCCGUCCCCCGUCAACGGGAACAGCAUCUCCCGCGCCGGGAGACACUCCACGCUACGUUGCAACACGUUGCCGAGCCGGAGAACUCUGAAGAACUCCCGGCUGGUCUGUAAGAAGGACGACGUUCACGUCUGCAUCAUGUGCCUGCGAGCCAUCAUGAACUACCAGUACGGCUUCAACAUGGUGAUGUCCCACCCGCAUGCUGUGAAUGAAAUUGCACUAAGUCUCAACAAUAAGAAUCCCAGAACCAAAGCUCUCGUGUUGGAGUUACUGGCCGCCGUGUGUCUCGUCAGGGGAGGACACGAAAUCAUCCUCUCUGCGUUCGACAACUUCAAGGAGGUGUGUGCUGAGACACAGAGGUUCGAGAAGCUAAUGGAACACUUCAAGGACAUGGACAACAACAUUGACUUUAUGGUGGCGUGUAUGCAGUUCAUCAACAUCGUGGUCCACUCAGUAGAGGACAUGAACUUCAGGGUUCACCUGCAGUACAACUUCACCAAGCUCUGUCUGGACGACUACCUGGACAAGCUGAAGCACACGGAGAGUGACAAGCUGCAGGUGCAGAUCCAAGCCUACCUGGACAACGUGUUUGACGUGGGCGCCCUGCUGGAGGACGCCGAGACCAAGAACGCCGCGCUGGAGCGGGUGGAGGAGCUGGAGGAGAACAUGUCACAUAUGACGGAGAAGCUGCAGGACACGGAGAACGAGGCCAUGUCCAAGAUCGUGGAGCUGGAGAAGCAGCUGAUGACGCGCAACAAGGAGCUCGACGCCAUCCGGGAGGUGUACAAGGAUGCCAACUCGCAGGUGCACACGCUGCGGCGGAUGGUGAAGGAGAAGGACGAGGCCAUCCAGAGGCAGUGCAACCUGGAGAAGAAGAUCCACGAGCUGGAGAAGCAGGGCACCAUGACGGUCCAGAAGAAGGGCGACGGGGACAUCUCCAUCCUGACCUCGCCGCCCGCCCCCGGGGGCCCGCUGGUGGCCGGAUUUGAGGGUGUACCAGGGGUCUAUAACGGGGGUGCGGUCAGCCCGAUGGGGUCGAAUGGGAUCCCGGGGAUGCCCGCGCCGCCCCCUCCUCCUCCCCCACCACCUGUGCCUGUGCCAAAUGGGCCAUUGGCUGGCCUCGCCGCUCCUCCCCCUCCCCCGCCGCCCCCGCCUCCCCCUGGCCCGAUGGCGGUGUCUGCUCCCCCGCCCCCUCCUCCUCCCCCCAUGGCCCCACCGCUGCCCGGCUGUGGAUCCCCCACUGUCAUCUUCAACUCAGGGUUAGCAGCCGUGAAGAUUAAGAAGCCCAUCAAGACCAAGUUCCGUUUGCCGGUGUUCAACUGGGUGGCACUGAAGCCCAACCAAAUCAACGGCACCGUGUUCAACGAGAUCGACGACGAGAGGAUACUGGAGGACCUGAACGUGGAUGAGUUUGAGGAGAUGUUCAAGACGAAAGCCCAGGGCCCGGCCAUCGACUUGGCCGUGAGCAAGACCAAGAUCAUCCAGAAGGGUCCCAACAAGGUGGCGCUGCUGGACGCCAACCGGGCCAAGAACAUGGCCAUCACCCUGAGGAAAGUGGGCAAGGCCCCCGAGGAGAUCUGCAAGGCCAUUCAGCUGUUUGACCUGCGCACCCUAUCGGUGGACUACGUGGAGUGUCUGAUGCGCUUCCUGCCCACGGAGAACGAGGUGAAGAUCAUGCGUCAGUACGAGAAGGAGCGGAAGCCCGUGGAGGCUCUGACGGACGAGGACCGCUUCAUGAUGCACUUCAGCAAGAUCGAGCGGCUCAUGCAGAAGAUGACCAUCAUGGCCUUCAUAGGCAACUUCUGCGAGAGCGUUCAGAUGCUGACACCGCAACUUCAUGCGAUCAUUGCAGCAUCUGUGUCAAUAAAAUCCUCACAGAAACUCAAGAAAAUUCUAGAGAUUAUCUUGGCUCUCGGAAACUACAUGAACAGCAGUAAAAGGGGAGCGGUAUAUGGUUUUAAACUACAAAGUUUAGAUUUGCUACUAGACACCAAGUCGACAGACCGGAAAAUGACACUGCUGCACUACAUAGCCAACGUGGUGAAGGAGAAAUACCAGCAGGUCCAUCUGUUCUACAACGAACUGCAUUACGUGGAGAAGGCCGCAGCAGUGUCGUUAGAGAACGUUCUGCUGGAUGUGAAGGAGCUCCAGCGGGGAAUGGACCUGACCAAGAGAGAGUACAGCAUGCACGGUCACAACACCAUGCUCAAAGACUUCAUCACACACAACGAGGGCAAGCUGAAAAAGCUGCAGGACGACGCCAAGAUCGCACAGGACGCCUUCGACGAGGCGCUCAAAUUCUUCGGCGAGAAUUCCAAAACGACGCCCCCGUCUGUGUUCUUCCCGGUGUUUGUGCGCUUCGUCAAGGCCUACAGGCAAGCGGAGGAGGACAACGAGCAGAAGAAGAGAGCGGAGCAGAUGAUGAUGGAGAAACGUCUGGAGCAGGAGGCCAUGAUGGACCAGGAGGACAAGAAGUCUCCGUCCCAUAAGAACACCCGGGGCAGGAGUCAGCAGCAGGAGGUGAUAGCUGAGCUGAGGAAGAAGCAGGUGAAGGAUACGGGCAGCCGCCACGUCUACGAGGGAAAGGACGGAGCCAUCGAGGACAUCAUCACCGAUCUUCGCAAUCAGCCUUACAGGCGAGCCGAUGCGGUGAGGAGGAGCGUCAGGAGACGCUUUGACGACCAGAACUUGCGGCCGGUCAACAACUCUGAAGUCGUCAUUUGAAGAGGGGGAAGUGCAUGUUAGGGGCGGAGGGGGAGUGAUGUGGAAAGUGUAGCAGUCUCUCACUCUUAAGGACUGAAGGAGAGAUGAUGGGUCUGACAGGUCAGUUAUAGGGAACCUUAGACAAGCCAAGUGCCUAAAACUUACUUGUGUUCAGUUGUUGUUUUGCCUCCUGUUUGUCUGUCUUGUGAUUUUUAUUUUUUUAUUACUUCAAGCAAUACAACUUGAUCUGGCUUUAAUUGUAUUUUCUUUUGAUAUGUAAAACUGGACACAGACGUCUGUAGCAGGGAUUCCUGAAAGAAGUGUAGAAUGUAACGGGUCACGGUUCCCUUAGCUGUCGAAAGGUAUUCCGCCACAGGGGAUGAAUAUGCUAUUUCAUAGCUAGUAUCUUACUACAUUCCUGGUGCUACUGCCAUCACUCUUCGAAAUUACACAAUGUGCUCGAGUGGCACUUUAAAGAACGCGUUAGCUUUUCCAUUGUUACUAAAGGGCUAAUGUACUUUUUAAAGGGGACAUACACUAUAUAUACAAAAGUAUGUGGAUUUGUGUUUCAGCCACACCCGUUACUGACAGGUAUAUAAAAUCAAGCACACUGCCAUGCAAUCUCCAUAGACAAACAUUGACACUGGAAUGGCCUUACUGUAGAGCUCAGUGACUUAACGUGGCACCGUCAUAGGAUGCCCCCUUUCCAUCGAGUCAGUUUGUCAAAUGUAUUCCCUGGUCGACUAGGUGCUGUUACUGUGAAUUGGAAACGUCUAGGAGCAACAACAGCUUAGCCGCGAAGUGGUAGACCACGCAAGCUCGAAGAACGGAACUGCCGAGUCCUGAAGGCAAGUUAAUGUAAAUAAGAAUUUGUUCUUAACCGACUUGCCUGGUUAAAUUAAAAUUGUCUGUCCUCAGUUGCAACACUCACUACAGAGUUCCAAACUAGCUCUGGAAGCAACGUCAGUACAAUAACUUUGUUGGGAGCUUCAUGAAAUGGGUUUCCAUGGCCGAGCAGCUGCACACAACCCUAAGAACACCAUGCGCAAUGCCAAGUGUCGGCUGGACUGGUAUAAAGCUUGCCAUCAUUGGACUCUGGAGCAGUUGAAACGCGAUCUCUGGAGUGAUUGACUCCAUGACCUCACUAAUACUCGUGGCUGAAUGGAAGCAAGUCCCCCCAGCAAUGUUCCAACAUCUCGUGGAAAGCCUUCCCAGAAGAGUGGAGGCUGUUUUAGCAGCAAAAGGGGGACCAACUCCAUAAUAAUGUACAUGAUUUUGGAAUGAGAUGUUUGACAAGCAGGUGUCCACAUACUUUUGGUUGUGUAGUGUACGUCUUACUUUAGUAUAUUAUAAAGCAGUGAUCCAAAACAAAUAUGUUCAAAGAAAGUACUUAAGCGAGUAUGAGGUAGACAUAUGUACACCAAUGUAUGACCACAGAGAAAUCAUAUCAAAGACAAUAUAGCUCAGAGAGGUGUGGCUUUCUCAAGAUGAGACCAUGCUAAUGUGAAUUGUAUAUAGCUAGGCCUCCAUAUUACGGUUAUGACGGUAUUAACAUCUCAUUUAUCAGUGUUAACAUGGUUAGUGGACCAAGCCGUGAAUAGAUAGAACUAUAUAUUCUCCUCAUGUAGACCAAGUGCCAUUCACAUGCAAUGCUGUUGGUGGGGGCCCUGGAGCCACAAUAGCUCUGGUCCAGGUUGUUUGGUCAUACGAUUGUGCGAUCACAGCCAAACUAGACCAGAGCGAGAGACACAAUUGACUCAGAGCGAAUAGGAAAGGUGCUGAAACAAACUUCUCAGCAGAUAUACUUCCAGUGAAGUGUAGUGGCUGCAAGUAAGGCACUUUAGGCUACUUGAGGAGCUUGUCAUGAAAACUGGAUUCCAAGAUUUUUUUACUCUGAAAACUGCUAAUGAAUCUCUAGGAAACUGUCAACUCACUAUUAUAACUUUAAUGUAUAGUAUUUAACCACUGAAAACUGUUCCCAUUCAGUAUCGCUCAUGUGACCCACUUGGACAAUGAGCGGCAGUUGUUUUUGAUAGUGUUUAAGUAUGUUAAAAACAUGUCAGAACAGACGUUUUUGAAAUGUACAGAUAUUUUGAUAAAUGUAUGCAUUGUUUUAUACUUCUUAAUCUACUCAUUACCAUAUAAGGUUAAUAUUGUACAUAUUGUUUAAAACACCAUGUCAUUUACAAUUUCUUAUUUUAAUGUAUCUUUUGGUCCAUUUUGUAUUUUUAAUUUAAGACAAACAGAUGUGGCUUCUCUUGAACAUAAUGAUCUAGUGUGUGAAACAGGAUGCCCUGGUGUCACACUUGCCCGACAGUAAAGAGUUAUUAGAUCAGUGUAUGUGUCGCUAAUGGCACCCUAUAUAGUGCACUUCUUUUGACCAGAGCACAAUAGGAACUGGACAAAAGUAGCACUCUAUAGGUAACCCAUUGACAUUCAGAGAAGCUUCCUGUGGUCUUGGGACUGUAAAUGUCCACAUUAUAGCAUGCGCAACAAACCACUCAUCUCUAGAUUUCCUGUGAACUUAACCACUCAUCAGCUUCAUAAGACUGGAUAAUAUUGGCAUGUUAUUAACUUCGUUUUUUUAGGCAAUAUGUGCUUAUUACAAAAUACUUGUUAGAUUGAGUUCAAUGGAUAUGAUCAAAUAAACUGUCUACACUGUGUGCAUCUUUA